CGGGAUACUUCUAUAGCGGCGCGUUCGACGCGAUCCUAACAUCCCCUGCAUAUCGCGCGUCACGUGCUCACUCCAAUUCCGCCCGACAUGCACGUUUAAUUUGCGACAGCGACGAUGUACCAAAGCACGUUGCAAUUCCUGAGCACGCACCGCGAGAAGAUGCUGAAGAGCUUCAACCACCAGACCAAUUUCUCGAUGGAGAACCUCCUGUCCAACGAGAACCCGGACGCUAGCAAGGACUCCGAGGAGUACAAGGCCUCCAAGAUGGAGGAGGAGGACGACAGGCUGUCGCCCAUACCCGUGGGGGGCUUGCAGGCGGACCGCGCCGGCGACGUUUUUCUCAGGUUCAACACCUGCUUGAGGAAUAGGAUAUGUUCGAAUUGCGGCCGAUUGGACUGCAACUUUAUACAUUGCAGGCUGAGUGAGAGUGUUAAGGACAACAAGCCGGUACUUAAGUUUAGUGUCAGUGCUAUUUUGGGGGAUGAAAAACUGCAACAAAGUAACAAUAACAAUAACAAUAAUGAUAAUUUAGUACACGUGAGCACGACGACGGGAACAGGGGCGUCGAGUUUAUUGGGCCUCUCGACGUAUCUCAACAAUCACUCGCCCUCGUCGAUAGCCAAACCUGUUGCCAGCCGGCCGCCGCCGCAUUUCAACCCCCAUCUACUGCUGGCGGCGCAUUGUAGACCGCAGCCCUAUUUAACAGUGACGACUCCGGUGUCGGGCACGCAAUCGGCGGUGUUCCCGCUGCCCGGAUCGUUCCCAUGGGCGCACAGCGGCAGGGGAAAGCCGCGACGGGGCAUGAUGAGGCGGGCCGUGUUCAGCGAUUUACAGCGAAAGGGGCUGGAGAGGCGGUUUCAAAUACAAAAGUACAUCUCGAAGCCGGAUAGGAAGAAGCUCGCCGAAAAGUUGGGCCUCAAAGACUCUCAGGUGAAGAUUUGGUUCCAGAACAGGCGCAUGAAGUGGCGCAAUUCGAAGGAGCGCGAGCUGCUGGCCGCCGGCGGUUCCCGCGAGCAGACGCUGCCCAACAAGAACAACCCGCACCCGGACCUGAGCGACGCCGACGGGGACAAGCCCAAGCUGGACCUGAGCGACGUGCAGGACCUCUCGCCCGUCGGCUCGCCCGCUGACCUCCAGCGCGACGCCUCCGGCUCCCAACCCGUCAAUUACCAGAUAUACGAGAGCGUCGAGUACGAGAGCUCGAACGACAGCGACGAGGAGAUCAACGUCACUUGAUUUGUUAUCAGGAAGAAGAUCGGCGCGCGAUGAAUGUAUUGUUUUUUUGGUUCGUGGUCCUUCGAGCCGGAUUUUGAUAUUUUUCUUUGUGGCAUGUAUCUUAUUCGUGUAAAAAUUUGUAAAUAUUUCUGUACAUUUUCCGAGUGAUAUAUCGACUUUUACCGCACAAUCACAUCUUGUUCUCCCUACCAUCCCGACUUUCAUUGAUGUAUAUAGCGAAAUAUAGUACCUAAUUGAAUAGACUGUAAUUUUUCU